CCGGCGACUAACCCCGCCUCUCCCCCGCCCCCCUCUGCCGUCGGCGAUUGGGCCGGUGUCCCCUAAAGGGUUGUCGCCGGGGCUGAUAGUGGGUAUUGGGAUUGGGGGCUUGAUUGUGCUGGUUGGGGUCGGCAUUUUCGUGAUUUUCUAUCGAAAGAGGAAAGAGAGGAGGCUUGAUCUGGGGAAUGACCCUAUACAGGGGCCUAAAGGAUAAUUGAUGCCAAUUGCUUUUCGGGUUAUGAUUUUUCAGUGCAUAUAAGGUAUCGGGUUAAAAGUACGUAAUGUUCCUUGCAGAUGACCCUUCUCAAGGUCCGACUUCUUCUGAACAGUUCUCAACAACAGAUAUGGGUUCAGCAAGACCUUCAGUACCACCUCCCGGCAAUGCAUUAAGUCUUUCGCAGAGUACAUUCACGUAUGAAGAGCUAGAAAUAGCAACAGAUGGUUUCUCCAAUGUCAACCUACUCGGGCAAGGUGGUUUUGGCUAUGUUCAUAAGGGAAUGCUUUCGAGUGGGAAAGUAGUUGCAAUCAAGCAGUUAAAAGCUGGAAGUGGACAAGGGGAGAGAGAAUUUCAAGCAGAGGUUGACAUCAUCAGCCGCAUCCAUCACAGACACCUUGUUUCCCUUGUUGGUUACUGCAUUUCUGGUGCUCAGAGAAUUCUUGUAUAUGAGUUUGUUCCAAAUGGCACGCUGGAAUUUCAUUUGCAUGGGAAGGAUCGCCCAACUAUGGCUUGGCCUACGAGAAUGAAGAUUGCUUUAGGUUUUGCAAGAGGGUUGGCAUAUUUGCAUGAGGAUUGUAAUCCCAAAAUUAUUCACCGUGACAUCAAGGGUUCUAAUAUUCUUCUAGACUUCAAUUUUGAGGCAAAGGUUGCAGAUUUUGGACUUGCUAAGAUUGCUUUUGAUACAGAUACUCAUGUAUCGACUCGAGUAAUGGGAACUUUUGGUUACCUGGCUCCAGAGUAUGCCUCCAGUGGGAAGCUCACUAACAAAUCGGAUGUCUUUUCUUUUGGAGUUGUGCUUCUAGAGUUGAUAACCGGGCGUCGUCCAAUUGACAAGAGUCGACCCUUUGUUGAAGAUAGCAUGGUUGAUUGGGCAAAACCUUUGCUCACACAAGCCUUAGAAGAUGGCAAAUUUGAUGCCGUUGUUGAUCCAAAAUUGCACAAGGAUUAUGCUACCGAGGAAAUGACUCGGAUGAUUGCUUGUGCUGCUGCUUGCACUCAUCAUUCUGCACGACACCGUCCACGAAUGACACAGGUUGUUCGAGCAUUGGAAGGAUACCUCUCUCCGAGCGAUUUAAAUGAAGGAAUUGUGCCCGGACAUAGCAUAGCAUAUAGUCCUCAUGGAAGCUCAGAUUAUGACACCAGUCAAUACCAGGAGGAUUUAAAGAAAUUUAGGAUGAUGGCCUUGGAAAGCCAAGAACAAGCCACGAGCGAGUAUAGUGGCCUCACAAGUGAGUACGGCCUUCAUCCAUCCAGCUCAAGCAGUGGGUUUCAACAGACUACCCAAGAGAUGGACUAGGGGAAAAUGGCAGAGGAUGGUCGUCAUGCUAAUGAAGGCUGGUAGUAUUAAUAUUAACCGAGACGCUAGGCCCUACUUCCACAGUUCCGUGUUUUGUCUGCAAGAUCCGUGCUUUGAGGAGAAGCAUCUUCCGGGAGAAAAAGUUCAUGCUCUGCUUUGGCCUGUGGCUGCAUGGUGAGAGUUGUUACCUGUAGAUUGAAAUGGAUUAGAUUUGGGAGAGGCAAAAAGUACAUGAGGCGUCAGUAUGUCUGUGUUGCUGAUUUGAGUAGUAUAGCUUGAGGUAUUCUAAAGAUUGUCAUCGCUGCUAGAGAAAUGUGUAAGACAGGAAGGACGAAACUCAAAGUAGGAGGGAUCUUUUUCUCAUGAUCUUAUAGGAGCAGUGGGUUGCUGCAAUUUUUGGCUCAAAAGUUGCGAAGCAACGGCGGUUCCAGUUCAAUUCAUUACCCUCAGAAGAGUUUCUAUGAUUGUAAUCAGCCUGUACUCUUCCCAUUACGUUCUUGACGAAUGAAUCUGCAAAAUUUGUUUAAUCCAAAUUACUGUUUCAAAUCUUUAAAA